GCAUUGGUUGACCUUCGUGACCUCCCCUUGACCUGGUCUCACCUCCUCCUCAACACAACAGUUACCUUCUGGAGGAAUUCCCAGGGGUGUGUGGAGGUGACCCCGAGGUCAAGAGAAUGGCGGGGGUGACCACAGUGGUGGUGGUGCUGGUGAUCAUGGUGACCAGAUCUGCCCUCGGUGACCCCAGCAGAAGGCUCAAUCCAACACGUCCGAAGGCUUUCGACUUUGCUGCGGAGGCUGAGAGUGUUGUGGGGGAACUCAACGACAACUUCAGUUGUGAUGGUCUUGAGUAUGGUUAUUACGCUGAUCAGAGUCACAAGUGCCAGGUCUUCCACAUCUGUAUGCCGGUCAAGACUGCCACUGGCAGGAUCCUGGACACCUUCCAGUUCAGCUUCUUCUGUCCAAACCGGACUCGCUUCAGCCAGGACUCACGAACGUGUAUAGACGAGGCUCGGGCGUUCCCGUGCCACAAGGCUCACACUCUCUACGACCUCAACAAGAACAUUGGCAAGCGACCCAACAAGAGGAAGAAGCCUGUCGACCCGAGGGUGGCAGUCAACGGAGCUCACAAAUUUGACUCCUCGGCAUUCUCUGGUGCGGGGGGAACGAAGUCUUCCAUCUCCACUUCGGAGUUCUUAAGCUCCGAGUCUUCGUUUUCUUCGAACUCAGGCACCAGCGUGUCUCGGCAGUCUUCGGCGGAAGGUGAUGGAAAGCCGGAUCCUGUUGACUCUGAGUUUAAGAUCGAUGAGCCAGUUGUGUUUUCUUCUCGGCCCGCUUCUACACCGGGAGCUUCGUUCAGUUCUGCGGCAAGUCGAGGAUCAUCAUCAGAGUCAAAGUUCUCUUCUACUGCUGCAUCUACCGAUCAGUCGGGCCAUCGUGCUAUAGGGUUGACCACAGGCAACGUUGGAGAUUUCAGAACUGAGCAUUCGAAAGCCUGCGAGUGGAUCAGAUGGUUUCAACCAGUUUACGAGUCACACGGGAGUCACUGA